UUCUGAUUUCUAAUUGACUAGUUUGAUGUCGCUGGUAGUAAGAUUGUCCAUCCUCUUUUUCUUCUUCAUUUUCCAUAGAAGCUUCCUGGGUGUGACGGUUCACUAUAUAGAUGAACAGUCUCUGGAAAGAAGAUCCGCAGCGCUUGUGUGCCAACGGCUCUCGGGUCGUCACACCUACGACGUAAUCGCGACAGCGCUCCACGCAGUAUUUGUGGAAUACAAGAUUCUGCACAAGAUAUGCGUCGUCAUCACGGACAACGGUUCAAACUUCGUGAAAGCAUUUAGGUAGGUUACAAGGCUGCUUCUGUUGCAAUCUCAUUGUCUACACUGAGGUUGCCUAUUUUUAAUAUCUUAAUGCUUCCCAAAAAAGAACUAAAGCUGCAGUAUGAGCGUUCCACUUGAUUUCAGCAGUGCUUCUUUUGAUCGCAAUGAACCAAUGAGCUUCGCACGCUGUAUCCGCGGAUCUCGAUGACUGUGGAGUUCCACGUACUCGACUAUAGCAUACAUAGGUUCAUUUUGUAACCUUACCAUUUACGAAAGACCUCUGCGUAUCCUUCGGAAACCUAAAUAGUUAAGUGGUUAUUUUGUAGAGUGAGGAAUUAAAACACAAGCAGGCUCUGGAGGCAUUAUCAUAAAAAGCCCCGAGACUAAAAAAGACGAGAGGCAAAUGCAGCGCAGGCACAACACACAAACUUUACGCAUUGUGUCGUCUCCGUCUUUCCAAAAGACAGGGAGUUCUGUUUUAAUAGGAUAUUUUCAUUUUUCUAAAGCCCAUUAGUAUGUUAUAUUAAAUACUUGUUUCUGUUAGAAGCGUGCCACAGAUGUACGUCUGCGCGGGUAUAGUCGUCGUGUUUAUCUUUCUUUUUUUAAUCGGUAUUAACCUUCGCUUCCUUCUUGCCUUUCUCUAAGUUUUAUUGUUAAGUGAGUGCUCUGUCCUGUCCCAUAUUUUUUCCCUAGCUACCUGUACUUUUAUUUCAUAGUGUUUAACUGACUAGCCCAUCAGAUUAUAUUAAUGCUGUAUAAAAAGGUUCAACCUCCACCAGCUCGUUUCCGCGCUAACUUAUUGGGAAUUUCCCCUUUUUCGGUACGCAGGGUCUUUGGAGAAACAGUUCAAGAAGAUCUAGAUUUUGUGGCAAAUAGCAUCACUGACGUGCUCGACAGUGGAUCCAACAAUGAUUCGUCUCAGGAGAUCCACCUGCCACGGCACAGGCGGUGUGCCGCGCACACAUUGAACCUCGUCGCCUCGGUCGAUGCUGAAAAUGCCGGCAACAACGUUGCCUACCGCGAAAUGGCGAGGACUGUUUUCGCAAAACUAAAGACUCUUUGGAGAAAGCAAGCCCAGUCUGUGCAGGCAGCCGAAGCUAUAAAAACUGCCUUGGGAAGGCAGCUCCCUGUGCCAAACGCAACACGAUGGAAUUCGUUGUUCAACGCCGUGAAGUUCAUAAACGAGCUUCCGAAAGGGAGGGUGGACGCAACGUUCGACGCACUUUCGUUGCCACGAUUGCAACAUGAGGAAUCCCUGUUCAUUGAUGAAUACUGCAAGGCGAUGUACGCUGUGGCAAAGGCGCUAGAUAUAUUACAAGGUGAGCAAUACAUGUACAUGGGCGUCCUGCAGCCAACACUUCACUCUCUGCUGCGGUACCAGCGAUCCCUCCCGCCGCUGAAGUACUGCACACCCCUUGCUAGCAGCCUUCAGGAGGCAGUCACGAAGAGGUUUUCCCAAGCUCUGGAGGAUGCCGAUCUGGCCCUGGCAGCGGCGGUCCAUCCCAAGUUCAAGCUCUCCUGGAUGACAGAAGAGCGGAAAGCUGCGACGUUACGACUUCUUGAGGAAGAGUGCCGUACACUGGAGACAUUUUGUAAUGAAAAUGCUGCCACCAGUGAAGGAAGCGACGAAGACGACCUAUUUUUUCAGUUGCCUCCAGUUUCUACUUCAUGCUCCGAGGUCCAACAGUGGGUCAGCGAUCCGGGAACUGAUACCAGCGAGCUGGCGAAGUUCCCCAAGAUAAAGAAGAUUUUUAUCCAGAGAAAUACGGGGAUUCCGUCCAGCGCGCCGGCUGAACGUCUGUUCAGUAAAGGACGCGACAUUUUCUCCAUCAAGAGGGGGAAGCUCUCCGAUGCAAACUUUGAAAAACAACUCAUUCUAAAGUGUAACGAGUUUUGCAAAUAAAUUCCCUUCUCCCCA